AUGUUACCCAACAAGUCUUUCACCCAAAUCCCAACCUUCUACUUUCCCAUCCCCUUCGGCACCGUCACCCCCGAAACACAACCACUCCUCGAGUACCAACGCUCAACUCUGCGCACCCACUCAUACAUCCAUCCGUCCAGAAAUUCUUAUAUCCUGAACCGAGAUCUUAGAAAGAAUCGUCAAAAGACUGUUUGCUCGUUGAUCAUCCAGAUACAAGCUUCUUUUGCCGUCUUGCUGUUUAUUUUUGUGGUUUAUGUGGCGGUUUUUGAUCACAUGGGAUGGAAUGGGGUGCGUGAGAAGGAUGGGGAGAGGAAGAGUCAUUUCGAACUAGGGCAUUAUGGUGCGGAUGUGUUGGCUUAUCAUCGUAAUGAUACUGGGGUUUUCGAUGUUGCGGUGGAACAAGCGACACCACUUGGGAUGACUCAAUUGAAGGGCGUCGAGUUCGCUAUCGUAUAUUUCAUGGCUUUUCUUGCAGCAUUGGUUGCUAGAUCGCCUGGCUACUUGAUGAGUAAAUGGGGCGCGUGUGUUGGAUGUGAUGAGUUCUCCGAUGAGGAACUUGAGGAGAGAUGUGAGCAGCAGGCUUUGAUUGCUGGGGAAUAA